GCAUUGCGCCUCCGGUCGCUCCCCCCCUGAGGAUCCAGUCCUGGGAUAGUUGUUUCUUGGAUCAAUCCUUGGGGUGCUGCCCCUGAAAAACGAAGGAGCCUUCCCGAAUACUGAUUUCUGGGGACUGUGCGGCCCUAGAGCCGGAAUUUCCCUCUUGCGGCUGCGCUGAGGAUGAAAGCUCAGCUCGGAGUCCGGACCGUCAGGUUCCUGCGCUCCCGGGGCCUCCUGCCCCGCACGCCCGCCUCGGGGGCUGCCCUGGGCCCGAGGAGGAGUGAGCGGGCUUCUUGAGGCGCAGGAGGUGCUGCGGGUGGACCUGGGGAAGCGGGACAGGUCCUGACACGCUUCCUGGUGAGGCCACGGCCGUGGGUAGCGUUUCCCCAUGCCGUAGGCUGACUUCGGGUCUGGGACCCACCUCCACCGGGGCCUCCGAAUCCUGUCCAGCCAACUGCGAAUUGCCGGCGUCCACUGGAUAGACAGUAGACAUUUCCGUAAUACAUUGUCCUGGGCUAAAAUGUCUACAGACCCCAGGAUUGCUACAGGUCAGCUGUCCCCACUGGAGAAGAAAAUCUUGGUUCCUAGAGGUGGGCGCCAGCCAGUGACUCAGAGCAGGAACCGAGGGCCGAUGUCUUCGGAGCCUCAGCCUGGUGUCCCCGGACGCUGGUGGCUGAGCCCUGGUGACCGGCCUCUGAAGCCUGAACCAAAGGUGCGCUGCGUUGUGAAAGAGGGGACUUCACACCGGACGACAGCCCCUCGGGGCAGAGACCUUGGCCUUGGAGAAGCCAUGCCGAAGCCCGAGGCGUCUGCAGAGCCCCUCCAUCUGCUGCGUUUCCCGGAGACCAAAAGCCCCGGGAAGGAGUGCGGCCAGCCUGGGGGGCCGGGCCAGGAGGGGAGAGAGCCGGAAACAGACACCAUGGAGAAGCCCGUCCAGCGUGUGCAGAAACUGCUCCCUCGGGUGGAGGAAGAUGCCCAGCAGGAAGCCGCACGGAGAGAGUGCAGGUGGAGGGCGUGGGUGCAGAAGCCAGUCACCUUUGAGGACGUGGCAGUGAACUUCACCCAGGAGGAGUGGAUGUAUCUAGAUGCCAGUCAGAGGGCCCUGUACCAGGACGUUAUGUCAGAGACCGUCAGAAACCUGAUGUCUGUAGAUCUGGUCACAAAGCUUGAAGAAGAAGAACAGUGGAGGACCGAGCUCCAGCUCCAACCCCCAAAUGGAGAAGGCCUCCCUUCAGGAAGCAGGAAGCAGGAGCUUCCAGAAGGGAGUCCAAGCAGCAGGGGCAGAGAUGAGGAGGUCCCCCUUGCUUGCAAAGGCUCAGGACGACCCUGUGCCCCCGUGGGUUCCGGGCCCAGGGCCCCUGAGUGUUCAGCCCCCCAGGCCGGGCCACCGUUCACCUGCCACGUGUGUGGCAGGACUUUCAGGAAGCGCUCCAACCUGCACAGCCACCAGUUUGUGCACAAUCCCCACAAGACUAACAGCUGCAGCCAGUGUGGGAGGUCGUUCCGGAACCCCAGGGACCUCAGCUACCACAGGCGCAUGCACCUGGGGGAGAGGCCCUUCUGCUGCCCACUCUGUGACAAGACCUACUGCGACGCCUCGGGGCUGAGCCGUCACCGCCGUGUGCACCUGGGCUACCGGCCCCACUCCUGCGCCCUCUGUGGAAAGGGCUUCCGGGACCAGUCUGAGCUCAAACGCCACCAGAAGACCCACCAAAACCGGAAGCCGGUGGCCAGGGACUGGAAGCAUGUUGUGAGCCCUCCAGGCUCCAGCGCUCUGUCUUGGGAGCCCCUGGACAGGAGCCAGGCGAGCAGCCGGGAGCCCGCGGCCGGGACCCGAAAACCUGUAUUUGGAACCAAGGGUCCUGUAGCUCAGACCCAGCCACCUGCAGACAGGCAGCAGGCGAUCGCUGUGAAGCCUCGGGCACCGGCCACGGCAACCCCGGGGCCUGAGACCGGGACCCAGGAGCCUGACACCAGAGCCCCCUGCCUGGACACCAGUCCCCCAGCGAAGCCUUCAGGACUCCAGGUCUCCUCUGGCCCUCGCUGCGCCCCGACACUGAGCGGGAGAGCCUGUCCGUCCAGCCACCACAAGGCCCACGUCACCGAGCCACGCUGCUGCUUCCGCUGUGGCAAGGCCUUCGGGUCCCUGUCGGGGCUGGCCAGACACCAGCACACGCACUGGAGGCAGCAGGUGUACCGCUGCCCCGCCUGUGACGUCUGCUUCGGGGACAAGGAGGGCCUCGUGGGCCACUGGGGGGCUUCCAAAGGCAAGGACCCGUGUCUGGGCAGCCCCCACGCGUGCCGGGCGAUCCUGGCCCAGUGGCUUGGCUUCUUCCGAGACACCUCCCCUUUGGCAGGAAAGGAGCCGGUUGUGCCCCGGGAUCUGGGCCCUGGGCCCCCAGGAGAGGGCAGGGGAGAGGGGAGAGGGGGUGCAGAGCCGAGAAAGCAAGUGAGGCCAUGAGGGUCUCAGGACAUGAAGAAGCAGCCGUUCUGUGCACCUGCGUUUCCUAGUCCUGACCUCCGGGCACAGGAAGGGGUGAGGGGUCAUGAGGGAAAUGCAGAAAGGAACAGGGGUGAGCAGUGGUUCACGGAAACCUGUAUUAUCAUUACUUAGCACCUGCUUGUUUCUUUGUGUCUGACAGACCAUCAAGUAGUAAUUGUUGCAGAAAACAGUGGAGGCUCUGAUGGACGGGAGGGAAGGGGGCUGCGGGCCACGUCCGGGCUCCCCAGGGUCUCCAGCAGCUCGCUCACUCAGCUCUCAUGGUUUGGACCCUUCCUGCCCCUUCCCGCAGCCCUCCACCUCUCUGCCCUGCCCCUCAGGACUGGCAUCUUGGAAGAAACAACCACCAUUUUCGAGGUUAGAGCACUGGAAUGUGCAACAGGGGGGUCCUGGUCACAGUCCGAGGCUGAGAGCCUGCUGCCUGUGUCGCUGUCCAGCUCAGGUGGCCUCAUCGGGGAGAGGAGCGCCCGCCUGGCUGUGGCCAGAGGGGGCUUCCAGACGGAAGACAGGACAGGAGAGACGAGGGGACAGAAAGGCCACGACAGAAGGAAACGCAAUCCCAUUGGCAACUCCGAGCAUUCCUGGAAAUGCAGAUUGGAAAGUCGCUGCAGUGAGGAGGCCAAUGAGUGUUCAACAUGGGGGAUCCGCAUCCUGAGGGCCGGUCCAUGGGCCAGUCCAGCUCAGAAGGGGUUUCCUGGAAAGAGGAGACAGUGACUUGAAAAUCUGUCAGUGGUUACAAUCACCAACCAUUAAACCCGAGGACAGGGAAAGCCCUGGCGAAGCCUCUCUCCUCCAUGGUUGGUCUUGGAGGUGAGGUGCCAGGUGGCUGCUGGACAGUGUGGGAAUUGGGCAGCGCGUGGGAGAGGCCCCUGCCUCCCCCUUGGGGUCGCCCAGCUGCCCCCACUUCCUUUUUCUGCCUUCCUGGCCUUUGGUUCUCAGCUUACAAAAGGAAGAAAGGAAGAAAACUUACUUAGCUCUUCAAGAAAUUGCCCUGAAAAAAGAGAGAGAGAAAUGAGUGACCGGUGGAAGAUGACGGGCCCCCUCCCCACAUAGUCCCUGAGGAGUCUGGGGUUGGCCUUGGGGACACAGGGGCGACAAAAUCCGGUUCCCUGCAUCUUAAGCCCUGGUCCCACUCUUUCCCUGUUCGGGGAUGACCUGGUGCCCCAUUGCUCUGGUCACCCUUGUGGCCCUGUGCACCUGCCAGUCUCCGAUGCAGCCAGUUGUAGCAGAUGACCAGGGCAAGCAGGGGUCCGAGCACCGGCACCAGCGUGAACAGGGUGAUCUUCCAGCAGGGCACCCUCAGGAAGUGCGGGUCUGGGUGGGUCACAGAACAAACGGGAUCAACGACUAUGUGUCCUUUGAGCCCCACCCACCCGCACUCCUUUCAUUGUCGGCAUUCUCAACCUGGGCUCCAGGAACCCACAGGGGUCUGCAGAGAGCUCAGGGCGUUGGUGAACUUGGGGGAGAAAAGCAGUAUGUCAUCAGCAGUGCCUGUGCCUUUAUCGCCGGUGGAAACCACAGAUGACUUUCAUUCCCAUUGGGGUUGUUGCUGAAUUCUCAAAAUGUUUGUCAAUGUUUUGAAAUUGUAACUUAUUAGACCUGCUGCUACAUUCUUAUUUAAAGCAUUUUUGUUAUUUAAAGAAACAUUCAUUACUAUAUUACAGAUCACAUGUUACUAAAUGCAAAUGUGUUUAUAUUUUGA